GCGGCCAGGGGAAGGCGGAGGAGGAGGGAGAUCAGCAUCCACCUGCCCCGCCCCCUCCCCAGCCUGAUAAAGGUCCUGCGGGCGCCGGGACCUCCCACCCGAGCCCUCCAGCAAGGAUUCAGAGUGCCCCUCCGGCCCCGCCAUGAGGCUCUUCCUGUCGCUCCCGGUCCUGGUGGUGGUUCUGUUGAUGAUCUUGGAAGGCCCAGUCCCAGCCCAGGGGGCCCCGGAGGCCGUGGACGCCUCCAGUGGCUUGGAUAAGCUGAAGGAGUUUGGAAAUACCCUGGAGAACAAGGUUCGGGAAUUCUUCAGCCGCAUCAAAGAGAGUGACAUUCCUACUAAGACUCGGAACUGGUUUUCAGAGACACUGCAGAAAGUGAAGGAGAAACUCAACAUUGAAUCAUGAGCAUCUGAAGGAUGAUACCCCAGGAGGGGGCUCUGAAAUUUCCCACAUCCCAGUGCCUGUGCUGAGGACUCCCUCCAUGUGGCUCCAGGUGCCAUCAAUAAAAAUCCUACAGAAAAUUC